CUUGGGUACCGUACGAACCGGUACGCAAGAAAAAUGAUAAAAAUGCUCUGCUUUUUUUUUCGGAAAAGGGAACCGAAGCGGAAGAUCGAUCCACAAAGCAACACCGUACGUACCCGAGGAGUCGUGGUCUCCAUCGUCGUCGCCUUGUCCCGUUGACCCUACCGGCAUCGAUGCCGCAACCCCGGCCGCUUCUCAACAACACAGAAGAUACCGGAUUCCAAAUCCUAGACUCCAUCGCCACGAGCAGUACGUACCGUUCCAUUGACAAAGAACCAUCGAUUCGAUUCUGAAACACUAACACGGGCAAUCCAACCGAGCAGAAGGGAACUUCUGUUCCCGAGUCCCGUACCGCCAUGCUUCCUGUCCUACAACCCUCGAUGUGCGAGGUCGAAAGCAGCAGCAACGACCACCAACCCAUCGGCAACGGCAACGGCACCGUCGAACCCCAAACGCAGAGCCCCACCAGCAUCCACGGCCACGGCCACAUCCAGCACAGCAAAAGCGACGCCUGGGAAGAGUUCAGGAACGAAACCUCGAUCGCCAGCGAGCAGCGGCCGCACGUGCUGUUCGGCCGCUUGCAGCUGCGGGUCCGUUCGUGCUGUCUGAGCUACCGGCGCCACCGGUAUUUUUACCGGUCGCUCGUCGCUCUGUGGGCCUGGGCGGUCGUCGUUUCGAUCGGCGCGAUUUGGCGGGCCGGGGCCGGAGACGGCAUCAUGGAGUUCCUCUCCAUUUCUACGAGACCCCCGGUCGACAUCUGCUUCGUCACCGCCCAGUACGCGAGCUCCAGGGACCAGCUCGACAACCUCGUCAAUCUGAGGGAGGAAGCCCCGAGGUUUUUCUCCGACCGAAACAGCGACCACUACCGCUUCUUUGCGUUUACCAACCAGAAAGACUGGAUCGACGAGUUGCCGGGGACGGAGCCAGCGACGAGCACGAGCACGAAGACAAAUCCAAACACAGACGCGAACACAGACGCAAAAACAAAGACAAAGACAAAACCGAAAGACAACGGCUGGACGAUACUGGUGAAAGAAUUUCCCCCGCACACGUUCCAGCGCUUCAUCACUCAGUCGCGGUGGCCCAAGUUCCAGGGCUUCCAGCACAAACAAAUCGUACGAUCCUGCGACGUGGUCUUUUACAUGGACGGAACCGUCCUGCCCAUCGGAUCGCCCUGGAGGUUCCAGACCGAGGCCCGGCGGAUCCUGGACAGCUACGUGCAGCUCUCCCAGGAGCCCCACCCGCACCAGGACGAGGACGGCGGCGGGAUCGCCGGGGAAAUGAGCCGCUGCCGCAGAAAGGGCAAGGACAUCGAAUCGAACCUCAAGGCCACGAACGACUGGUUCCGGGCCCAGCCCGACUUUACCAACGACUGCCAGUUGUACCAGAACACCUUCUUCGGGUACGCCGUCAACUCGCCCUUCUUUCGGAGGGCCGCCAACUUUGCCUGGGAGCACUUUUCGCAGGAGAAGGACUCCUGGAGGGACCAGCCCCUCUGGUGCUACACGCUGCACCACUUCGGGAUCACCCCCCUGGUGCUUCCCGGAAACCUCUUCCGGUACCAGGCGGGGCGCCGGGGGGGCAACGCGCACAGGCACGACGAGUCGGCCAACAACAACGCGCAGCUCUUUUACGAGGCCAAGACAAAUGCCCGGAAGAACGCGGCCGGGGACGGUGCCGGCGGCGCCAGCGACCUCCCCACCGGUGGCAAGCCAGGGCCCGCAGCAACCGCAACGAUACAAUAAGAGUAGCAAACUAAACUAAAAUGGUUCUUUUACCGAGAGGCUUUGCUCAACAUGUGUUUGUUACGGAAAUGGUCGUGGAAUAGCGGCACCGCCUCGUUCGGGGAUCUCCCAGAGCGAACGACGCGGUGCUGCUUAGAUGGAACGUGCAGGAACAAAGGAGCCGGUGCCGCCCGCUGCGACCGGCGAACACACCAAAAACGAACGAAGGGGGCCCCCUAUCCGCCGAUGCUUUCCCCGAGGGUGGAGACCAGCGAGGAGCUCUCCGUCUCCUUCGGUGUGGGCGCGGGCGUGGCCGCGGUGGGGGGCGGCCGAAAGACAAAGAACCGGGUGGGUUCGGCCGUGGCAGGGUCCCUGGUCGGGCUCUUUGUGGGGGACACGGUGGGAUCGGGCGUCGGGAGGGGGGUCGGCGGAAGGUCGUUGCAGUAGCCGCAGGACUUGCGGCAGUAGUUCUCGCCGAUGUGGACGCCGUGCUGGUAGCCGAAGCACUUGUUCUUCUGGUAGACCCAGUGGCAGUCCUUUCGGGGGAUAGGGGGCGGCGGUAGUGGUGAUGCAGAGAACAAAGGGACAAGGAACGA